AGCAAAAUAGUAUGAAAUUAGUCAUUGUUGGUGAUGGUGCUGUCGGAAAAACAUGUUUAUUAACUCGAUACCGUUUAAAUACUUUCCCUGAAGACUAUGUACCAACUGUAUUUGAAAAUUUUGUCGAACAAGUAUCAUAUAAGAAAGGUCAUAUUAAUUUACAAAUGUGGGACACUGCUGGACAAGAAGAUUUUGAUAGAAUUCGUAAUAGAGCUUAUCCUGAUACAGACGUUUUUCUCAUUUGUUAUGCUGUUGAUGACCAAAAUUCAUUUGAGAAUAUAGAAGUUAAAUGGAUUUCAGAAGUAACUCACUUCUGUAAAGAUGCAAAGGUUGUACUUGUUGCUACAAAAAGUGAUCGAAGAAAAGACAAAAGUACAGAUUGUAUCUCAACUGCAAAGGGAGAAGAAUUGAAAACAAAGAUUGGUGCUGCUGCUUUCUGUGAAUGUAGUGCUAAAACAGGAUCUAAUGUAAAAGAAACUUUUAAAGUAGCAAUUGACGUUGUUCGUGGAAGAGCUGAAGAAAAGGAAAAAACAAGCAAAGAAGGAUGUGUUGUUGUUUAA